AUGAGCGGAUCAGAAGAAUAUGAUUUCCUUUAUAAAAUAGUAUUAGUUGGAGAAAGUGGAGUUGGAAAAUCCAACUUACUUUUAAGAUUUACAAGAAAUGAAUUUGAUCCUGAUAAACGAUCAACUAUCGGUGUAGAAUUUGCUACACGAUCUAUUAAUUAUUGUGAUAAAAAUAUUAGAGCUCAAAUUUGGGAUACUGCUGGACAAGAAAGAUAUCGUGCUAUUACCAAUGCUUAUUACAGAGGUGCUUUAGGUGCUUUGGUCGUUUAUGAUAUUACUAAAAAGACAUCAUUUGAAUCAGUUGAGAAAUGGCUUGCUGAGCUUCAUGAAAAUGCAGAUAAAAAAGUAGUUCAAAUGGUUAUUGGUAAUAAAUGUGAUUUAAAUCAGACAAGAGAAGUACAAACUAGUGAAGGUGAAGAAUUAGCUAAAAAAAAUAAUGCAUUCUUUUUUGAAACAUCAGCUUUAGAUGGAAGUAAUGUUGAAGAAGCUUUUAUGACAUUACUAAAAAAGAUUUAUGAUGAUUCUAGUAAAUCUGUUGAUGGAGAGCAAAGUAGUAAUAAUGAAAUUAAACCAGCAACUGAGCCUAUUGAUCUUGGAAGUCAAAACAAUAAACCAGAAGAAAAGAAGUGUUGCUGA